AUGCUUAUCUCUCUGUCAAUCUGCUCCCUUUCUAACCCUCCAUAUCUCAUCAUAUCUAUCUAUCUAUCUAUCUAUCUAUCUAUCUAUCUAUCUAUCUAUCUACUCAAAUUUAUUUGUAUUGAUGCAUAUCAUUAUAUAAGUUUAAUCCUACCCAUAUCAAUGUUUUCAUUAUCUAUCUAUCUAUCUAUCUAUCUAUCUAUCUAUCUAUCUAUCUAUCUAUCUACUCAAAUUUAUUUUUAUCGAUGGCAAUCCUGUCAUUAUCUAAGUUUAAUCAUACCGAUAUCAAUGUUUUCAUUAUCUAUCUAUCUAUCUAUCUAUCUAUCUAUCUAUCUAUCUAUCUAUCUAUCUAUCUCAGUCUGUUCAUAUCUAUCUAUCUAUCUAUCUAUCUAUCUAUCUAUCUAUCUAUCUAUCUAUCUAAGUUUAUUUAUAUCUAUGUCAACUUCAUGCUUUCUGACUGUUUAUGCUAAUAUGCUCCUCUUUACACCCUCUGACAUAUCAAUUCCAUAUACGAUUUAUAAUGCAAUUAUACCCACCAUAACAAUUGGUAUCAUAUCGCUGGAAUCGAAUGUUUCUGAAGCAAUAAUCGACAUUGUUUAUGUUUUAUUCGAACAUCAAUAUUUGCAUUCUACGAAAUAG